CGUUUUUCAGCCAAGACGACCACUGGUUCUGUGUGCAGGACAAAUUGUUCGAGAUUUCCUGGGUGCAGAAGCAGAAACUGUUCGUCUUGCGCGACGAAGACACGAACAACCGGAUCAGCUGCCUGGCCGAGGGCGGAUGCUUUUUGAAAGCGACAAAAUCCACCACGACCUUGCCUCGCGUCAGUGACGUAGCGGUGGUGGAUGAAGACGACGAGGGGGCAAGAACGCCAGUGGGAGCCGGAAGCAGUGAUGUUGCUGGCAGCAAGAAGAACAGCGGGGCCGGCAGCGGUUCUCUUACUGGACGUUCUCUGAGCAGAAAAAGCACGGCGGUUGUAAAGAUGGCAGGCGCGUACAGGACGGGUAGCAAUGUGAAGGACGGAGUGCAAGAGCAAGGCGCAUCUUCGCCGGCAUCGAAAAUAACAAAUCAGCAAGACGAGGACCAAAUCAGCGCCACAAUCAACUCUCUGCCCCGGCUGAGCCUCGCUGCGGCUGCGAGCUCUUUCUACCGGGAUGUGCUCCUUUCCGCCCGGGUUCCAGUCCCCGGGACCGAAAGUAAGGAAGACGAGGAGAAUCGCACACGGACUGGACAGCAGCAAAGAAACUCGUCUGAUCAGCUGCUUGCCUCCUCUCCUACAAUUCUAGCCGCGCCGCAGAAUUCAUCGUCUGGUAGCUUAUUCGACGACAACACAACCGACGCGCUCCAGCCCACGGGGGCCCCUGCGUUAAUAGAACACGAGGAGGACCAUGACCCCAGCACCAAUGCGUCAUCUGGUGCCGCAGUCGGCGAAGUCGACCUCGCUCCCCUAUUCACUCCCGCGGAGGUGCAGCGCCCCUGUGGCCCCCCGGUACCGAUCCAGCGGCGGAGCCGG